CCGCAACGCAGAUAUCUAGGCCUCCCAUAGGCCCGAACUUAACAAACUUACCACCUCUCACCGAUGGCUUAGUCAGUAGGACCUGCCACCAUAUUCUCUCGGUCUACUGCUGGAAAAGCAAGAUAGCAAACCCCCGCAUAACACCUGUAUGUAAAGGAAGCUAAAUCGGGCCAAUGAAUUUCGAUUGAUUGAUUGAUUAAUCGUCUCUUUACAUCGCUGUACUAGCUAUUCUUGCCAAGGCCAAUUCCCAACAUCAACACUAAUUAUCGGCGAGGACGUUAUGGUCAACCAAAGACAAGGUCCGCGGUCACAAUGAUGCCAUCCAUAUACGACGCCGUGCCAAAGAAAGACCAGAUAUUUUGUAUCGAGUUACUCGAGAUUGCCCCAACGCCCAUUCUCGCCGACCGUGUCUUCUUCGUCUACCUGCGCGGUUAUCUGCCUAAAUCUAAGAAGAAGGAGCUGGCACUUCUUGACGAGAGCCUCGUCAAUGCGACCCUGUCUGUGAGCUGCUCUGUCAUCUACGCGGAUGGUAGUCACGACGACGAAAAAUCCAGUUACAGUGCCGUUGAAGACUACGGCCUUUAAUGAUCUAGCUCACCUCACUAUUCGCGAUGCUCGUGGAGUUCAGGUCGACUACAUGCCUAGUAGCGACCGCAGUGACAUUUUACUAGAUUUUCAGAUUCCGACAAUAUGGUUGAAGAGCGGUAUGUGGACUUUCAAGGUCGACGGGAGAGUCGGAGAUGUAGACAAUACGUGCCUAUUUUCUAUGGCGUUGACACAAUGGUUAGAGGGGAGGCUUCAACAGG